CCGGGAGCAGGGUCAGCACCGCGGACAGCAGCGCCCUGCCCCAGCCACCGCGCCCCAGCAGCCGCAGCAGCUCUCCAGCCCGCUCACCCUCAGCCCCACGCCAUGGCCGCGGAGACUCACCUGCAAGGAGUGGAGAUCUCGGCCGCGCAGUUUUUCGAUAUCUGGCACCACUACGACUCCGACGGCAAUGGGUACCUGGAUGGGAAAGAGCUGCAGAACUUCGUCCAGGAGCUUCAGCAGGCGCGAAAGAAGGCAGGAUUGGAAUUAACACCUGAAAUGAAAGCUUUUGUGGACCAGUAUGGGAAAAGUACUGAUGGAAAAAUAGGAAUAGUAGAGCUUGCUCAAGUAUUACCAACAGAAGAGAACUUUCUUUUGUUCUUUCGGUGCCAGCAGCUAAAGUCCAGUGAAGAUUUCAUGCAGACCUGGAGAAAAUAUGACACUGACCAUAGUGGCUUCAUUGAGACUGAAGAACUUAAGAGUUUUUUGAAGGAUUUACUACAGAAAGCAAACAAGCAGAUUGAUGAUUCCAAGCUAACAGAAUACACACAAAUAAUGCUGAGGAUGUUUGAUGCAAACAAUGAUGGAAAGCUGGAACUUACUGAAAUGGCCAGUUUACUCCCAGUACAGGAAAACUUUCUUCUUCAAUUUAAGUGUGUCAAAAUGUGUAGAAAAGAAUUCAAUAAAGCUUUUGAGCUGUAUGAUCAAGAUGGCAAUGGAUAUAUAGAUGAAAAUGAAUUAGAUGCAUUACUGAAAGAUCUGUGUGAAAAAAACAAAAAGGAAUUAGACAUUAACAACCUUGCAACAUACAAGAAAAACAUCAUGGCCUUGUCUGAUGGAGGAAAGCUUUACCGAACAGAACUUGCUCUUGUUCUCUGUGUCGAGUAGAAUUAGAGACCGCCUGUCACUUCAAUUUAACUAGUGAUAUACUGUAUCAACACAAUAACUGUGCACUAUAAAGGAGUAGGCUGUACUUUCUUUUAUAUCUGUAAAUUUAAAGCACACAUACAUAAUUAGCCAUGAUGUGUGGCACAUUCUUUUCAGUCUGUUUCUAUACUGUUUGUAAUGUACAAUUUUUGUAAUUAUAAGAUAAAGAGAAUGUCGGUUUGGGCCAGUCUGUAUAUUCAAUACAAAAACUAAAUGACUUUUUUGCUUUCAUAAACACUGCUGGAGAAAAAUUAAAAAUUCUGCAGAGACUGUUUUGUUCAUCAUAUCCUUUGACACUUGCAGCACUUCUGUUCAAUGACACACAUAAAGUAAAAGCCCAGAAAGCUCUUUCUUUCAGUGUAUGACAAAAUAUGAUUUUUUGAGUGUAAAAAUGCUGUUUCCAAAGUAGGAAAGAUGACCAGGGAUGUUUGAACUGAAAGAUUUACCAAAUUGCUGAGAAAUAUUUCCAGUAGUCAGAUUACCUACAUGCAAAUCUACACUCCUUGCAAUUAAUGACGAGAGCUUAUGAACUUACAGCAUACAAUAUAGUAUCUAUAAACAGCAGCUAUCUGGAACAGCUACCAGUGCUGCUAUUCACAAGCAUACAGUUAUUUUCAAUUUAGUUGUUUAAUUUCACAAAAUUUAAAAAAGGUCAUAGGCACGUAAGAAUUACACGAGACAGAACUUCUUGACAAAUCUUUAAUCUAUUUUGAAAACCUGACUAAACUACAGAAAGGGAGGAUAAUUAAUACACAAGGUAGCAUAAAACAUUAAGCGUAACUCAUAAAAACUGCUGUGUCAGAGAAUAUGACAAUUCAUUUUCUAUACUAUUUGCACAUAUUGCAAAUUGAAAUUAUUCUAGUAAACUGCUGUUUUUACCUCAUAGUCUGUGUAACCUAUAAUUAAAUUUAAUAUACUAAAACUA